UGCAGACAUUGCUAAAUGCCCCCGGGUGGGAGGGGCAAGAUUGCCCCUGCUGGAGAGCCACUGGAUGAGAGGAGCAUCAGCCAGCUGAGCUCUUUUAUUUCAGAAGUGUGCCAGCUAUCCCUUCCUCAUAGCCUGUGCAUAGGUUUCUCCCUUCUUACCUGGUUGAUCCUUAGAGUCCUGUACAUCUCAGACAUUCUCUCCCCUAGGAAGCCCUCUCUGACCCUCGGACUGGGUCAGGGCUCCACAGCCCCCUGGGCUCCCCUGUCCCCAGCACUGCCCACACUGGGGUGUCACUGUCCAUCUGUCUCCUCCGCUGACAGGAGCUGCAGGAGGACAGUACUGGGACUGUCUUGGUCAUCACUGUGUCCUCAGCACCGCCCAGCUGAGGCCUUGGCACAGGUGACCAGCAAUGGCAGCAUCGGGAGGGACCUGCCAGCGGAGACCCAGCCCCAGAACCCACCCCAGCCAGCACCCAACGCCUGGCAGGUCAUCAAAGGUGUCCUAUUCAGGAUCUUCAUCAUCUGGGCCAUCAGCAGCUGGUUCCGCCGAGGGCAGGCCCCUCAGGACCAAGUGGGCCCCGGAGGAGCCCCGCGCGUCGCCAGCCGCAACCUGUUCCCCAAAGACACUUUAAUGAACCUGCACGUGUACAUCUCAGAGCACGAGCACUUUACAGACUUCAACGCCACGUCAGCACUCUUCUGGGAGCAGCACGACCUUGUGUAUGGCGACUGGACUAGCGGCGAGAACUCAGAUGGCUGCUAUGAGCACUUUGCUGAGCUCGACAUUCCACAGAGCGUUCAGCAGAAUGGCUCCAUCUACAUCCACGUCUACUUCACCAAGAGUGGCUUCCACCCAGACCCCCGGCAGAAGGCCCUGUAUCGCCGGCUCGCCACGGUCCACAUGUCUCGGAUGAUCAACAAAUACAAGCGCCGGCGGUUUCAGAAAACCAAGAACCUGUUGACAGGAGAGACAGAAGCCGAUCCAGAAAUGAUCAAGAGGGCCGAGGACUAUGGGCCUGUAGAAGUGAUCUCCCACUGGCACCCCAACAUCACCAUCAACAUUGUGGACGACCACACACCGUGGGUGAAGGGCAGCGUGCCUCCGCCCCUGGACCAGUACGUGAAAUUCGACGCCGUGAGCGGUGACUACUACCCCAUCAUCUACUUCAACGAUUACUGGAACCUGCAGAAGGACUACUACCCCAUCAACGAGAGCCUGGCCAGCCUGCCGCUCCGCGUCUCCUUCUGCCCACUCUCUCUCUGGCGCUGGCAGCUCUACGCCGCCCAGAGCACCAAGUCGCCCUGGAACUUCCUGGGUGAUGAGCUAUACGAGCAGUCAGAUGAGGAGCAGGACUCGGUGAAGGUUGCCCUCCUAGAGACCAACCCCUACCUGCUGGCUCUCACCAUCAUCGUGUCCAUCGUCCACAGUGUCUUUGAGUUCCUGGCCUUCAAGAACGAUAUCCAGUUCUGGAACAGCCGGCAGUCCCUGGAGGGCCUGUCCGUGCGCUCCGUCUUCUUCGGAGUUUUCCAAUCUUUCGUGGUCCUCCUCUACAUCCUGGACAACGAGACCAACUUCGUGGUCCAGGUCAGCGUCUUCAUCGGGGUCCUCAUUGACCUCUGGAAGAUCACCAAGGUCAUGGAUGUCCGGCUGGACCGGGAGCACAAGGUGGCAGGACUCUUCCCCCGCCCAACCUUCAAAGACAAGUCCACGUACAUCGAGUCCUCAACAAAAGUGUACGAUGAUAUGGCAUUUCGGUACCUGUCGUGGAUCCUCUUCCCACUCCUGGGCUGCUACGCGGUCUACAGCCUUCUGUACCUGGAGCACAAGGGCUGGUACUCCUGGGUGCUCAGCAUGCUCUACGGCUUCCUGCUGACCUUCGGCUUUAUCACCAUGACACCCCAGCUCUUCAUCAACUACAAGCUCAAGUCUGUGGCCCACCUGCCCUGGCGCAUGCUCACCUACAAGGCCCUUAACACCUUCAUCGAUGACCUGUUCGCCUUUGUGAUCAAGAUGCCUGUUAUGUACCGGAUCGGCUGCCUGCGGGAUGAUGUGGUCUUCUUCAUCUACCUCUACCAACGGUGGAUCUACCGCGUCGACCCCACACGGGUGAAUGAGUUUGGCAUGAGUGGUGAGGCACCGACAGCAACUGCCCCCGUGGCCGAGGCCCCAACAGCCACAGGGGCCCUCUCACCCCCACCCACUCCUGACCCUGCCACAAUCACCACCGCCGCCGGGGAGGAGGCCUCUACGCCCAUGCCUGCCAAGCCCACCCAGGGGGCCAGCUCCACCACCGAGCCCCAGGAAGUCCCUCCAAAACCGGCAGAGGACAAGAAAAGGGAUUAACUGUUCCUGGUCAUCGUUGUCUGCUCCGGCUCCUGGUGACACCGCCCCUGCCGACCCAGGCCCCUCGCCUCCCCUCCCUAUUGCCCUCUCCCUGGACAGAUUGGGCCGGGGCGGCAGGAGACCCCUUUUGGGCCAGGGCCCAGUGCAUGGUGUGGGGGCUGGGCAGGCCAGGGCACGUGGUUUGUGGAGGCGCCGUCUGUCUGUCUGUUCCUGUGUUUUAGCCAUCUUGCCCCGCCAGCCCAGCACCAUUGGGAAUCAUGGUGAAGCCGAUGCGGCACUGCUGAGGGGGUGGGCCAGGCAGGGGAGAGGCCAGGGCCCCUCUGUGGGAUGCCCGCGGCCAUCCAUCAUCUUGUCCCUCGUCCCCUGACCAGCCCCCUCCUCCCAGACCGCCACCCUUUAACACAGUCUGAAUUUAAUAAAUUCAUGUGGGUGUUUAACUUAAACUCAA